AUGAUUGUCGAUGCCACCGCUUCGUUCCCGCCGGCAGGAAUUGCGUAUUUUCUCUUCGACGUUUUCUUCGAUUAUGCCCAGACGAAUUAUUCAUAUGUGGACGAGUGUUCACUCCGCCAGAAGCUCCAGGAUUUCUAUACGCUGACUCCUGUUCUGGGGACCCAUGAUGCGCCCUGGAUCUGCACGGUUCUGAUGAUGUUUGCGGUCGGUACGCAGUUCGCACAUUUGAGCUCAAGGCCCCACGAACAUCACUCGGUAGAGCUCAGCACCGGACAAGAAGAUGCACACUCAGCUGACGACGCUGUUGUGCUUACCUUUUAUCACUCGGCCUCCAGGCUCAUCCCGGAUGUCAUUGCAGCUGCCUCCAUCGACAGUGUCCAAGCUUUCCUCCUGCUUGGUGUAUAUGCUCUGCCUAUUGACGCAGCCGGGUUAUCCUGUACGUAUCUUGGGAUUGCCAUCAGAAUAGCAACUCAGAAUGGCAUGCACCGCAGGUAUCACAAGUACCUAGAACCUCGGCAGAUUGAGCUACGCAAUAGGAUUUGGUGGACUGCAUUCACGCUGGAAAGACGCAUUAGUGUCUUACACGGCCGGCCGGUGUCAGUAGCACGAUCAGAAGUGGACUCAGAUCUGCCAACAGACUUUCCCGAGUUGCGACCAACAACUCGAAUUGACACCUUACCGAAUGUGUUGGCGAUGAUCAAGUUGACGGAUGCUCUGGAGGAUGCUAGAGACAAGCUGUUAUCGUUAAAGAAAGCUCCCAGGAAGCUCAGAUCCACUGUAUUCGGCUCUAUUCUGCAGUCAAAACGAGAAUUGCAGCAGUAUUGGCAGUCACUACCAGAUGCAACCUUUUGCAGAGACUUGACCCCUGACAAACCACUUUUCCGAUUCAAUGUCCACCUGGUCUUGACUUAUCAUCUAAUACACAUCUUUAUUGGACGGUCCUUCAUAUUCAACAGAACAAGAGCUAGCAGUCCUGACACCCCAAUCGAACAGUACCUCGCAGACUGGGUUGAAACGCGGAACGUACUUGUCGCAGAGUGCGUCCAAAGCGCGGAGGCUGUGAUCGAUCUGUGUCAAGUUCUGCAUGAUGAGGUGGGUCUCGCAAGAGCAUCUUAUACCGAGUUCACUUCAUGCUGCGCUGCAAUUCUAGCAGUCCUGGCGCAGCGUAUAUCUGCGGGACCUGUGGGACCUGCGAAUGACCUUCGCCUCCAAAGCGUCUGCAACAAAGGGAUCAAACUUAUCAAGCAGUUGUCAGUCGGCAUCUAUUCCGCAAACUCCGAAAAGCUGGCGGUUGAGGUCUUGGAGAGGGCUUUACACCGACUCGAUCCCCGUGGCCACAAGGAAGCUUCUGAGAGCACACGUAGAUCUGCCUACACGCAAUUCAAGGACUGGGCCGUGCUUCAACAGAGUGAACCGGGAGAAAGGGAACAGGCGAGCGCUUUGGGCCAUGCUGGCAACUUGGCGCCAGCCAGUCACAAUCUUGACGUUCCGGACUUCUCUCAAUCGUCACUGCUCGAGGGCACCGAAUGGUAUGGUGACUCUGGUUGCAACCCCUUCGAGUUGGGUGAACUUGCUUCGGUACCCGGCUUGGACCAGUUGUUCGAGUACGGCUUGCUUUGA